CCGUUACUUUUUCUCAAAACCCAGACACACACAAUCGCUCCUCUCUCAGUCCCUCUCUCUCUCGCCAUGUCCGUCGCGAGCUCAGCAGUAGUCCGCACAAAGAACGUUAUGAAGUUUGCUAUCUCGCUCAUUCUCCCUUCCUUCAACUCCUCCAAAUGCAAAACGGCGGCGAAGAUGGCGGUGGCGCGGAUAAAGUUACUGAGGAACAAGAGAGAGGUGGUGGCGAGGCAGAUGAGGCGAGACAUUGCGAUGCUUCUGCAGUCACGUCAGGACGCCACUGCUCGUGUCAGGGUUGAACAUGUAAUUCGUGAACAAAAUGUUUUGGCUGCCAAUGAGUUCGUUGAGCUUUUCUGUGAGUUGAUUGUGACAAGACUUACCAUCAUUGCGAAGCAGAGGGAAUGUCCAGCAGACCUGAAAGAAGGGAUCGCUAGCUUAAUAUUUGCAGCUCCAAGGUGCUCUGAAAUUCCAGAACUAGUGUCAAUCAGGAAAAUAUUUGAGAAGAAAUAUGGAAAAGAUUUUGUGUCUGCAGCUACCGACCUACGACCGAACUGUGGUGUAAAUCGCAUCUUGAUCGACAAGCUCUCCGUAAGAACCCCUACUGGUGAAGUGAAGUUGAAAAUCUUGAAGGAAAUAGCAAAGGAAUAUCAGAUUGAUUGGGAUACAACGGAAUGUGAGAAGGAGCUUUUGAAGCCUCCAGAAGAGCUUAUAGUAAGGCUCCCUCCUCUCUCUCCCCCUUUCACUCGAAACUCAGAUCAAACUCCAUUGAAACAACUUUGUGCUUUAUUUUUUGACAAGGAUGGACCACACAAUUUUGUUAGUGCUUCCAGCUUACCUGUGAAGCCUGCUGAGCCAAACCAGUCCUCCUAUCGAUCAUAUCAUGAUGGACAAAGCAAGGAAACACAUUUUCAAGAUGCAGCGUCUGCUGCUGAAGCUGCUGAAGAAGCUGCAAGAAAGGCAAUUGCUGCCGCUCAUGCUGCUGCCUCUAUUGCCAAAAGAGACUACAAUAAGACACCUCAAGCAUCUGGAUUUGAGCAUAACUUGAGUGCUUCGAGCAUCAAUCAUGGGUUUGGAGCCCCUUCCACGACUUGCUAUGAUUAUCAAUCAAAAACACCAGAUAUAAGCAAUGAGGAUACAAGGAUCUAUAGGGGACACAGUUAUAAUAACACACGUCCUUUGCAUUCAGAAAUAAAAUUUGAUGAAUCAGACUGUGAUGAAGACAUCGAAGCAGAAAAGAAUCCCUCUAUAGAAAGUGAGGAGAUGAAGGCUGGACAAAUGGAUGGAGGAAAUCCUCGUCGGAGACACAGCUAUGAUGCCCCUUCAGCACAAUUGGAUAUGAAGUUUGAUGAAUCAGACUGUGAGGAAGAGAUGGAUAUGGGAAGACCACCUCCCAAUAGGCCUCCACCACCAUUACCUCCAUGUCAUGGCAGACAGGAUCCUGCUCCCCCGGGUCCUCGCGUUCAUCCAAAAUUGCCAGAUUACGACGACAUUUUUGAAGCUCUCAGGCAUCGCAAAUCAAGAAACUAGAAAUGUUAAAUAAACUGCACCACCAGACAAGACCAUCAGGGUUUGUUGUUUAUUGAGUCAUGCUUGGUAUGCUUGUGAUUUUAUGGUAUAGCUUCUAAAUAAGGCAUACAUGCCUUUUUUUGUAUUGUCCUCGAUGAAAAUCAUAUACAUACCUUGGAAAACCCCACCCCUCAUCUUAGGGGUGUAAAUGGUCGGUUUUGGCUGGUUAUAGACCGAAUUAUCAGUUUUUAUAUAUCCCAUAAAGAUGUCCAUUCGGUUAUUGGUUGGUUCGAUCCA